AUGUCCAGCGAAGAGGAUAUAUACGAGGUUGGUGAGGUUCUGAAGGACCGGAAGAAGCGUGGUCAAAUCGAAUACCUUAUAAGAUGGAAGAAUUUUGGUGCCGAGGAAGAUUCCUGGGAACCCGCAUCAAAUCUACUAAAUGCUGGUUCCAUUCUACAAGAUUAUAUCCAAAAUAAGGCAUCUAGAAAGAGCCGGCGGUCAUCUCGAUCACGUUCCAGAUCCCAUUCUCGCACACGAGCCCUUCGAAAGAAAGCAGAGAAAGAGGUUGAUUCUCGAGAAAGCACCCCUCUAAAGAAAUCAUCUCGAGAAAGCACCCCACUCAAGAAACGAGAGCCAACACCAAUUAAGUCUUUGGAAACCUCAGCUCCAAUUGAAGAUCUUGAGAGGCCACCAAUAAAGGAGGUUACCCCAGUGUUAGAAGAUACCAUUGAUAGCCCUCCUCUCAAAGUUGUUACAGAGCUUACCAAUGAAGGAGUGGAGGAGACGCUAUUAACCACUUUCACGUCACAGAUUGCAACUGAGACAACAGAAAUUCUCACUCCUGUGUCAGAAAGCGUUUCUACAGUAUUAACUCGAAGGAUGGAAAUGAGAGCUGCUGCCAAAGCCACGGAGCUUGAAGAAGAGCAGAAUACAAUUGAGGAAGAAGUUAAAGAACAAAAAACAACCGAAAUAAUUAAUGAGGAAGAAGUCUCAGACACUUUGGGUUUGGAUGGUCCCACUAACACUAAACCAGCUGCUGAAGAGGUAUCAGCUUCUUGGUUGAAAAAUACUUCAGAAGUUAACUUCUCAUUCCUCAUUGAUAUGGCAAAAUAUUUCUCAGCCAUUUACACUUCUCCAUGGAUAAAACCCAGACUUUUUCAUCUUUGUUUUGGUUGGUGUUUCUUCCCUCAUCUAUAG